UAAUGGAAAACUUCUUAUCUUUUUAUUUAAAAGUAAAUAUUUCUGAUUAUUCACAAAUAAAGGAAAAAGAAAAGUCUUAUCCUUAGAAGAAUAAUGGAAAACUUCUUUCUAUAUAAUCAAUCCUUCGCACGCACACCAAGAACCAGACUGUCUUGACUUCUAAGCCUCCUGAAUGCCGCACUGCUAGAAAAAUGUGCACGUUAGAGAAACGAGACGAUAUCUUCAUAUUGACGUUCACCGGCGCCGAUGAGCAUCGGCUCAGCCCGACUCUCAUCGAUUCCGUCCUCUCCGCUUUACGGGAAGUCAAGUCUCAGGCCACUCGCGGUUCGGUUCUCAUCACUACAUCCCAAGGCAAGUUCUUCUCCAACGGCUUCGAUCUCGCCUGGGCUAGAGCCGCUGGCUCCAAUUCUAAAGCCAUGGAACGCCUCCGAUUCAUGGUGCAAUCCUUCAAGCCGGUGGUCGCCGAAAUGAUCUCUCUGCCGAUGCCCACUGUCGCAGCCCUCCAAGGUCACGCCGCGGCUGCCGGAUUCUUAUUUUCUAUAUGCCACGACUACGUUCUCAUGCGGAGUGAUAAAGGCGUGUUGUACAUGAGCGAAGUUGACUUAGGGCUUCCGUUGCCGGAUUAUUUCGCGUCUGUAUUUCGAGAUAAGCUCCACUCUGUUUCCGCUCGCCGUGACGUUCUCUUGAGAGGCGCUAAGGUGAAAGGGGAGGAGGCGGUAAGGAUGGGAAUCGUGGAGGCGGCGUACGAUAGCGAGGCUAAGUUAACUGAUGCUACAAUUCGCCUUGGGGAGCAGUUAGCAUCGAGGAAAUGGAAGGGUGACGUUUACAAGGAAAUAAGAAAAAGCUUGUAUCCAGACAUAUGUGGCGUGCUAGCAUUGGAUGAGGAGAACAUUGUUUCUAAACUUUAAUUGUUUGAUGUGAAACACAGACUAUAUUUGUCGUUUCAAAGAGAGAAUGAAUUGGUUAUGAAAUAAAAGUAAAAGACUAAACAUAUUUAUCAAA